UUAUCCCCUCGCAGAGCGGGUCGAUCGUUAACGCGUAGCAGUACAGCCAUUGUGUAAAAAGAAGCUACAGAGGUUAGAUAGUGUACGCUGAGGACAAGAAGUGCGGUUUUUCCUGGUUUUCCACUUGUGAUAUUUUAGACGUCGUAGAAACGAAGCCACAUAAACGAAAAUGGAAGACGAUCAACAGUUCUGUCUAAGAUGGAACAAUCAUCAGACUACAUUAAUACAAAAUUUCGAUACGCUUCUCGAAAGCGGGACACUGGUAGACUGUACGUUGGCUGCUGAAGGAAAAUACCUGAAAGCACAUAAAGUUGUGCUGUCCGCUUGUAGUCCGUACUUCGAAGGUCUCCUCAGCGAACACUAUGACAAGCACCCUGUAUUUAUACUUAAAGACGUGAAGUUUAAAGAAUUGAAAGCAAUGAUGGACUACAUGUAUCGAGGGGAAGUGAAUAUAUCGCAAGACCAAUUAGCCGCUCUUCUUAAGGCUGCGGAAUCCCUACAAAUUAAAGGACUCUCGGAAAGUAGAACAGGAAGUAAUACCAAAACAGAUUCGAGGCAACAGAAAGUCGUUCCACAAACCACGACACCGACGGUAGACAUUCCACUUUCGUCUUCCGGGUUAACAAUAGAGAAAAACAAAGUUCCUAGGCUAAGUUUGACGCAGGCGUCUGUCGUGGAUUUGCCCGAAGAAUCCGCGAGUCCUCAAAUAACCAAGGGUCUGUCUUCGAGGGAAGGUUCACAAAGUCCUACUGCAAGAAAAAGAAAAAGAAUGAAAAGGCGGAGCAUAAGUGAGGAUAAUUCAACAGAAAAUCACGAAGCAUCAAAUUCGAGUGACAUGCCCCAGCAACAACAAUUGGUGGGUGGUGGCCCUGCACUCGGAAUAGCGCCGGUAGCAGACGAGAAAUCGCAUGCCGAUCCCACAGACUCCAUCGGUAGGUCAGCUUUAAUGACACAGCUGACCAAACCUGCCGAUGAGAUGUUACAACUGGCGUUGGAAAAACCAGAACCGAACGAUAGCCUAAUUGAGCCCAAAUCCGAAUACUUAGAAGAUGCGGAAGAAGGCGUUGAAGACCUAACGUUAGAUGAUGAUAUGAACGAUUUAACGGAAAUGGAGCAGGAUAACAACAGAGCUGGGCCAUCACAUGACCCAUCUCAACAUCCGGCAGGUAUCGGUUCAUGGCACGUAACCGGCGACAGAAGUAAUGCUGGCGGAGUCGUGGGUUCCGUAGGAGCUUUGGGAACUACGGACGAAGUGCUUCUCGCAGCGCAGGAGGCCGUUCCGGCCCAUCGUGAUUCACAAGGAAUGGUUGCGUUGCUGUCGCUGUUGCGAUCGGACUUCAAGAAGACUCGCUCGUCGGGGUCUGGUUCCACGGGAAAGAUGAGAAGCGGCGUCGUUCUAGCAAGCAGAUGCGCCAGCAACAAUGCCGGUGAUAACAGCAACAGCUAUGACAGCGGUAACGACAGCGGAACGCGUGCGUCCACCCGCGAGGUAGUGUUUCCCGACUCGUUCGAGGUGCUUCCACAGCCGCGCGACCUGAGCGUCGUGUAUAUGGGCGUGCCUCACGAGCAGCAACGAAAAUUUCGAUGCCGUUUCUGCGGCAAAGGCUAUCGAUGGAAAAGCACGAUGCGCCGUCACGAAACAGUCGAAUGCGGUGGCAAGCCACCGGCCUUCCAAUGCCCUGAGUGCCCCUAUAGGGCCAGGCAACGGGGUAACUUGACGGUGCACUACAAACGGCAUCAUCAAAAACUCGAGUACGACGCCUAAAGGUGUCUCCGAUUGUAUACCGAGGGAAGAAAGUGAACGGGACUGUCUUUUUUAUUUUUGGUAAAACACAAUUCAAUAUAAAAAAAAAACUUCUAUGAUGGACGCAAUCUUGUCUUACUCGUUCGUAUUCGCUGACAUUCGUAAAGAAAUGCUUAACAAGAAAUCAAUCAGAAAUUUUUCUGAACGUGUUUUAAGAUUACAUCUAUCGUAUAAUGGAAAGUAUUUUUUUUUUUUAUAAAAGAAUUAGCUUUUUACAAAAAAAAAUAAAAAUGAUAGCCCCGUCAUUUGUCGCUUUAACUUGAAUUACCCUCUGUGAAAAAAUUUUCGAUCCAGUUAAGUUAACUAUAAAUGGCUUAUUCUCUUCUUUUACAUAAUUAUAUUUGUAUAUUGAAAUCAGUACUAAAGUACACACGGAUAUAUCGAAAUAUAGGAUAAUCAAUGGUUUUGUCUCAAGAAUUUUGUCAUAUGAUUUAGGGUAUUUGAUAUUGUUUUGUACCUUGACAUCUUCAGAUUACAGAGACAAGAUGCAUUGACAUUUGCUUUUUUUCUUGUUUGAUCGAAAAUCUUUUUCCAGUGAUAGCAUUCGACACGAUCGUUUGGGAAGUGAGCUUUGGAUUUCUUUUAUGACAAAUCUUUUAUUUUUUUCAAUGUUUCUUUUAACGUUUAUUAACAAAUUAUUGCAGAAACAUGGAACACUUUAUUAACAAUCAUUAAUUGUGUUUUUUAAUAUAAGUAUGUUUGCUUCUAUUUUUUUCUUAAUUGGAGAAUUUUUCUUUCUCUUUUUAUGAAGAUACAAAAAGUUUUCUAUUUAAAAUUCUUUGGUUCACGCCUAUGACAUCUGAACCUCCGACAUUUAUUUUCAUCAACGCUACUUCGUGUUAUUUCAUAACUGGCUUAAAUGAAAUAUAAUAUAUAGAAAUGAAUGAAGUCUUCAAAGUGAAUCUUGAUGAAAAUAUUGUCGGUGGGACGAUCUUCGGUUUCUUCAACGAUCGUGUCUAAAAAUGGCGUUAGGUAAAACUUAUUAGAUUACCGAACAAUGUAUGUGAAUAGACCGCGACUAUCCGUAGUACUUUCGAGUCUCAGGAUUUUACCACCUUAAAGAGGAAACACAAACGUUCAUGAAACGAAGUGUAAUCGCACGUAGGUACGGAUUAGGGCAGCCGCUCUCUCUUAUUACCAGGUGAAAUCGUCGCUCGUGUUACCACUUUCUUCAAAUAUAUACCAGAGUUUCGCAUAUUUUCUAGUACUUUUAUACGUACACGAUAUAGAUAAUUUUUUACAAUCUAGAUGAUAAGCUAUUUUUAUUUUGAAAAAUCACAAGGUACACAUGGUAAAUUGAAAUGCGGCGAUAUACAUAGAUAGUAAAUGUCAUCGAUCAUUCUGAUCGUAGGGAUAAGGGAUGAUAGUGCCUUUUUUUGUUCGUUUGUCGAUGAAGGAACGAAGUACGAUGUAAAUAUACUUAGCCGCAGGAACGAUCGUACGUUCGUCACAGUUAUUAUUUAUCGCGUUUCACUGGUGAUUUUCGUAAAAAAAAUCUCCAGAAAAUCGGUUACCUGAGAACACUUAGACUUACGAUAGAUGAUAAUGAUUACUCGAUUUUCCGAUCUUUGCCCACGGUUCCAAAUAAAAGAACUUUGAUAUUUUUCUUAAA